AUAACUUUUUAAUCUUUAUUCUUGAUAAACAUACACACACAAAACCCUAGCCUAAAUCUCAAGAAAAUCUCCAAUAUUACUAGUUAUAUUUUCAUGUUUUCUUAUUUUGUUUAAGAGCCUUAAAUAUUGUUCAAAAAUUAAAGAUUUUAUACUUUGCUCUAAUGGCUAAAUUUGGGAAGCUAACAAAGCUUAAGUCGGUCAUAAAGAAAUGGCCUUCCUUCACCAAGAACCACCACUCAACAACCGUAUCCACCACUUCCGCCACCGCCGCCACCGAGGUCUCAAAAUGCGAUGAUCAUCUUCAACUAGUUUACGUUGGGAAGUCUCUAAGACCUUACAUGCUUAGUUCCCACGUCAUUGACCAUCCACUUUUCCAAGAGUUACUUGAUCGUUCAUCGAGAUUCAUGGAAGAACGCCACAAUCAAAAGACAGUCUUAGUAGCUUGUGAGGUUGUAUUGUCUGAGCACUUGCUAUGGAUGCUCAAGAACAGUUGCUCUGAUCACAAUGAUUAUGAUGAUGAUGAUGAUUGCCAAAGAGAAUCCGUCGAGGAGUUGGCUGAGUUCUACACUUAUUGACAGCGAUAUGUUCUUAUAUUUCUAUUAACAGUUUAUUUUAUUUAAUAAAAAUUUUGACUUGAUCCUACAUGAUCCAGUUCGACCCACAAAAGAUUUCCUUAGAAUUUGUUUUUUUUUUCUCAGUAAGUUUAUAAGUUUUUUGUACUCUUAGGACAUCUUCCCUAAUCAUACUAAAAAUUGUAAUAGCGUCACUGAUAAAAAUGAGGU